CAUUCGAUCCGAUGACCAACUCCGCACACGUUUUACGGCUUUGUGCAAACAAUUCUGGUGCAAUCUAGACAAGAAGUGUUUCUGGAGUACACGGCGCGUUUAAUUGAGCAAUUUGGGUAUCGCGUAUUGAAACUUUGCAGACAGGCUGCAGCUCCGAUUGCCGAAUUCGAAUAGGGAUGGCAACUCUGCCACACGCCGGCCAUGUUAUUGUGAUUUGUAAAAGGUGGAACGUAGACACGUGUUUAAUUCGUGCAGCUCUCUAACGUUUGAGAAAGCCGAGAAAAUCGCCAGUAAAUAACGCAAUAGACUACCUAAGCACGCGAGUGACAUUACAUAUAAUCAAAAACACCCACUAAUAGUGUGCAAAAUAAGUUAUCCAAGCGGUUGCAAGAGAUCCUCCAAUAUUCAGCGAAAAUGGUAUCCGGUCGUCCUCUACUCUAUCUGUCACUGCCCGGUGUAGCAUUUAUACUCGGCGUCUUUUGGUUUCGGCGUAGAAAUAAAAAUCGUUUAGACAAGCCCGAUGACGAGGACACAUCGGUCAUCGGCAAGGACUCGUCGAUUGAGACCGCUGUGCAGGCGCGCAAGGCCAAUGGAGUCCUGCAGAACGGCAAAUUGCCGCAGCAGCAGGCCAGCAAGUCUAUGAACAUCAAUGGAACCAUAGCUAAUGGAAACGGAAGUGGCAGUGGCAGUGGCAGUGGCAGUGGCAGUGGCAGUGGCAUUGGCAGUAAUAGCGGAAGUGGCAGUGAUGAGAAGGAUAGUCCCACUACCAUGUUGUACGGCAAAUCGGCACCUAUCAAAAUUCAAAGCAAUGGCCGCACUUCAAAUGCAAAGCAUCAGCAGCAGAUUGACUCCGAGAUGCUCAAGUCAAAAAUUCAAGAUGCUGAGCACAAGAAACUUUGUUCAAUUGAUGAAGAUUUCGAGAAUCUAUCAUCGCCACGUGAUUUACCCGAUUCGGUUAACACACGCGUGUCCUUUUACAAUCGUAAAGCGAGCCAAAAGACGGUGGAACCGGUGGUGAUCAAGGCCACGCGUACACCCAAGAUAUCGCCGGAGAACUCCUUUUUGGAGACCAAUUAUACCACCAAGGAGUGUGAGCAGAACAAUAACUGUGAGCCCAAGGAGGAGGGACAGAAGGAGGCCAAACAAGAGUCUUCCCAGGAGGCCAAAGAUCAGGAGCAGCAUCAGGAUCAGGAUCAGGAUCAGGAAACAGAGCAGCAGACGGUGCUGAAGGAGGACGUGGUGGAUAAUAAUGGUAAUCAGAAGCGUAACGUGGAUGCGGCCAGCCCUUCGCUGAGCAUUUGCAGCGUUCAAUCGGGCGAUUCCGGCAAGGGAUCCAGUUUGCCCCGCUCGGAGGCAACACGCGUUAAGACCAGUUAUGAGUUCCUCUUUCCGAUCAGCCUGAUUGGUCAACUGUACGGCCGCAAGCGGGCGUUUAUCAACCAAAUCAAGGCCAAGACUCUGGCCAGCGUGGUCCUCAGCAAGAAUCCGUACUCGGGCAAGGUGCGCAUCUGCACAAUUGAGGGAACGGAGAGCGAAAUUGAUGCCGCAUUGGCCAUGAUCCGUCAACGUUUGCCGGCCAAGCGAUAUCCCAACUUUACCAUGCAACGCAUCCACUUUGCGCUUCCGCAGACCAUAGUUCCUCUUUCGACCGAAAGCCUCUACAAUCUUCAACUGAAUCUGAUCGAGGGCAUCAACAACGAUGUGGUGGUGAGUGCGGUGCUGUCCGGGUCGCAUGUGUUCAUCCAGCACCCGCUGCAUCCCUCACAUCCAUCGCUGCCCAUGCUGCAGAAGCAGCUGUACGAUAGCUACUCCACCAUGGAGUCGCCACUGCUGCCCAGCUUGGAGAUCAGUGCCGUGUGCGUGAUACCCAUCAAUGGGGUGUGGUAUCGCGUGCAGAUCGUGGACACGGAUCCCGAGGACGAGGAGCGUUGCCUGGUCAAGUUCCUUGACUUUGGUGGCUACAUGAAUGUCGGCUUCAGCACACUGCGCCAGAUUCGCACCGAUUUCAUGAGCUUGCCCUUCCAGGCCACCGAGUGCAUCCUGUCCAACAUUGAGCCCAUCGAUGAGACCUGGUCCAUCGAGGCGGCCGAAAUCCUCAACCAACUUACCAAAGGCAUUGUCUUGCAAGCACAAGUCGCCGGCUACAAUAGUCACAAUUUACCAGAAAUCUAUUUAUUCGCUUCUCUAGGUCCCAAUAAUGUAAUCUUUAUCAAUAAGGAACUGGUCGCCAGAAACCUUGCGAAGUGGGUGGAGAUGCGUGACUAACAGCCUUAGUGAACAACUCAACUAGUAACCAAGAACUAAAUGAAAACUAAAAGCAAACUUAAACAACAAUCACUCAAACCCAAAUCAAGCAACUUGGCAGUGCAACAAAGGAAAGCUUGAGUCAUGUGCAACAGGCUCCCAAAAGAGCGGUGGCGAAAUCGGAUCACGGAUUGCGGAUGCGGCUUUUGCAAAUAACAUGUAGCACAUAGGAUAUAGCAAAUUGCAGAUUCCACAAGAACUGCCAAACGCAGAGGCCCCCUUAACAAAAACGUUCGUUAUGUUGUAGAAUGCGACUGAGCCUAGAGAGAGCCCUCAAUCAUUACAUACAAAACAAGAACGCCCACACGCAAAAUACACACACGCAUAUAUGAAUAAGAGCACCUAACACCUCACUAACCCAAAAAACAACAUACACAUUAUACAACAAGGCAAACGUUUCAUAGUUGACUGCCCAGGAUUGGAUACCAAAAUGGGGGGGAAAAUCACCUAGGUUAUGAUUUGUGACUACAUGGCACCAGCGGGCGGGCGGACAUCCUACGGAUCGGCUAGAACUGUCGGUGUUGAGAACGAACCGCUUAAGAUAUUAUCAUACUCAGUUUAUAAGUAGGCAUUACUAGCUAGUGUAAAUAGUUUUUAUAAAUUUAACAAAAUGCAAAAACAAAAAUACACUAAAAUAAACUUAACUAAAAUAUCAAGCGUUCAUCAGAUAUAAAGAAAAAGAAAACAAACUUAAAUUAGUCUUGGCAAGAAUGAAGAAAAACCUGAUAUAUUUUUUAAAAUUUUCUGUUGCUAUUUUGCUGAGAUUUGUAAAUAUUUAGAAUAGGCCUUUCUUUGCUAUAUCUGAAGGAUCAUUUUAUAUAUUUACAAGCAUAACAUAACUUUUGUUCAAUUUUUAAUUCAUACUGAAACUACUCAAACCGCGAAAAGUACAAGAAUACUUCGUACAGCUGAAAGUAUGAUGGAGAUGACGGAGUUAGGGAAGAAAGGAAAUUGAAAGAGAGAAACAACCCCUCACCUCACACUAACACCCGCACUAAAGCCGCAGAAUGCCUAACAAAAAAAGAAAUAUUUAAAAAAACAAAAAAAAAAAAAACAACGUUACAACUUCUAAAUAUCUAUAUAUGCGUGUGUGCCAUUGUUAGUCAACAAACAAACAUAAAACAAAACAAACAUAAAAAAAAAAAACAGAAAAACCUAUUAACAGAACGAAAUGGAUACUUGUUCCCAUUGUAAAUAAAAUCCAUUUGGACAGACAAAGAAAUGCAAAAAAUCAAUAAGUGUUGCUACCAAAACUAGCCUAUUGAAAAAAGGAGUGAAAAUCUUAAACAGCCUUUCUUUCUAAAUUCCUUUGUAUAUGCAAGAAACACUCUCUAAAAAGGAAAAAAAACAAGGAAAAUUGUUGCAAACAAAAAUCGCUUACAGUUACCCGUUCUGGGUAUCUAGCAUAGCAGCAAUUUUAGGUAUAUUGUUUUAAGUGCAGCACAUCCACAACACAACAGAACACACCAAUAACACACUAACCAACCACCAACCAACCAACCAACCAUGUUAAACAUAUUUAUUUGUUGAGAAAAAAAUAGUUUUAUUUCAAAUGUAUUUUACAUUGAGAAUAGAUUGGCAGCAACGGAAACAAUACAUAAAUUAAUAUUUAAAGAAAAAUCACAAUUCAGCUAAAAUAGUCGUCGUCAUUGUUUCUCAUUGUCGUCAUCGUAAUAAAUAAAUAAUUUAGUUAAUAUAACGUACAAGUGAUGAUCCACACAUAUAUCAAUUAUGUCAACAUGAAAGACUUGGCGUGUUAUUUUUCUUCUACGGUAGUUUACUAUUAUUAUUAUCGCUAUCAUUAUAUCAUUCAUAUUAUUAUUAUUGCACUUUUUUUUGAUACUUACUUAUUUGCUAAUUUAAAGUAAUUCAAUCUAAUUGUUACCUUAAAACAUUAUUGACUUGAUCAAAACUUUUGGAGGGACCAAGGAGGUAUUUGGCGAAACGGGGAGUCCCCCAUUUCGCCCCCUCCCGCUGCCUUCCACACUGUAGUGCAAAUUCGUUUAAUGGAUAUUUGUUUUAAUGUCGCCUUUGGAAACUCUAUUGAAAAGAUAACUUUAUUUUAGCCGAUGGAACGCAACUUAUAUUAUUGGUUAUUUUUAAACGAAACAUUAUUCUUAUUACUUGCUCAAAGUCAAAUUUUAAAAUGUAUUCGCCAGAGUUGUCAACGUUCUCGGUGUUUUAUCGAAUUCAUUGUAGAUUUGUCACUUGUACAAUUGUUGAUAAACUGAUUAACUGAUAACUGAUUAACUGACAUAGAGAUAAUGCAAACACAACAGACAUGAUGUAGAGCACAUAUUGAAAGUAAUCUUAGUGGAUAGCGAAAGAAGAGUCCUCCCUUAAAGAUCAUCGUAUGUGUGGUACUACUAUUUUUUUUUCUUAUCUAGUAAUGCUGAGAGACAAGAGUUACGAAUAAGAUUUAAUUUAUAGACGCAUUCAAGUGAGAAUAAUUUACAAAUCUAGUUUUUAACUUAAUAUAAUGCAAGUACAUUAAAAUAAAAUAUUAUUGAAAAGGAA